GGCUGUCGAAGCCUUUGCUCAGGUGCAAUUGCUUGUGAGUGGCCAGAGUGUAUCCAACUACCUGGCAAUUAAGGCUGAUUUAGACCAAUUGCGCGUCAUGGUGGAGAAGAGUGAGCUAUGGGUGUACAAGAGCACCGCAGUCGAUGUUGGCAGCCAGUUGAAUGCCAAGCUGUCCAAUUCCGGUGUCAAAGGGACUCUGUCGAGUGGCUCGGGUGUGGGCUACGGCAGCACAUCGGACCUGAGCGGUAGCAAACUGGCCAAAAUGUCAUCUCAAAGCAAACUGGGAUCAGAAUCAAAGGAGAAGAAACUGAGCCACAAAUCGAGCAAGCGUCUGGGCGAUAAAGAUUCCAUGACCACUCAUCUAGAAUUACAGAAUAUCUUGAUACGACUACAGAAUCUGUGUGAGCUGUCGUGCUGCAGUAACUGUGGGCUGUCACUCGCAGGCCCGACUCAGUCAGUGCAAUCCGAAUCAGACUCAUCGGAUACGCUGUGUGAGUGUGGGAUGCAAACGUUAGACCAUAGCAUCAGAGCCAAUAUUGGAUCCAUGGGCGAUAAGGUUGGUGUGUACAUGAACAACGAACCCAACCAACGGCUUCUGCGCAAUCUGCAGUCGCACAUCCACGUGUUGGAGUUGUUGCAUGUCCCUCAUUUGGCGGGCGAUCCAGAAAUGCUCAAACUCAAGCGAGGUGCACACACGUUUCUACAGAG